AAUCUAGACUCCCUGCCCGCAGGGAAGAACACAUCUAUUUUUAUGCUGACAGACUAUGCACAACACAGGUAGGAGUUCACUCACAAAUAUGUACACAUUCAACAGUAGCCUUGCACAUGCACUGCACUCAGGGACAUGGAACAGAAGCCGAGCUUCAGCUUACUCCAGCCAGAACAGUCUCCAUCUGGGUAGGCGGAGUCAGUUGUAUUUGACCCCAGAAUCUCAUGAUUUCACUCAGCUCCUCUGGGGCCUCACACUCAAGUAUCCUGCCUCAGCCACUCCUGGCUCCACCUCCUCUUCCUCAUAACAAGACAGAAGCUGCUGCACCUGGAGCACCCACCCCUCUAUAGAGGAGAGUUUAUCAGAGGCCCACACAACCGUAAUUACUUGUGAGCCUCUGAUUAUAGUACAACUUGCCGGAUUAGCUCACCGGAUUAGCUGCUCAGGUAACAUUCAUUUGACUAGGGAAACCCAUGACUCAGCUAUCUUUUGGGUAAAUAAUUUAACAGUGAGCCCAGCGGAGUAGUCUCCACAGAUCAGCCUCAGAGGUGCCUGCCAACCUGCUCUCUGUCUAUUAAGUGAAGCCAUAGUGAUUGGAAGAUCAGCGAGCUGCAGCCCCUGGAUAUUGCAAAGCCUACAGAGCCGGCCAGGUGCCCCAGAUUAGCAGAAGAGCCUCCUGAGACAGGAUGGACGAUUCUCCUGAGCCCCAACAGAAGGGUGGGGCACUGGUGCUGGUCCGACGGCAGCCCCCUGUGUCUCAGGGCUUGCUGGAAACACUGAAGGCCAGGCUGAAGAAGAGCUGCACCUGCAGUAUGCCAUGUGCUCAGGCUCUGGUGCAGGGUCUGUUUCCUGUUAUACACUGGCUGCCCCAGUACCGCCUUAAGGAAUACCUAGCAGGUGAUGUUAUGUCAGGAUUGGUCAUUGGCAUUAUCCUGGUGCCACAGGCCAUAGCCUACUCACUGCUGGCUGGGUUGCAGCCCAUCUAUAGCCUCUACACUUCCUUCUUUGCCAACCUUAUCUACUUCCUCAUGGGCACCUCCCGACAUGUUAACGUGGGCAUCUUCAGCCUGCUGUGUCUCAUGGUGGGUCAGGUGGUGGACCGAGAGCUACAGUUGGCUGGCUUCGACCCCUCCCAGGAUUCUCUAGGGCCCGGGAACAAUGACAGCACCCUCAACAGCUCAGCUACAACACUGACAGCUGGGCUACAGGACUGCGGACGGGACUGCUAUGCCAUUCGCGUCGCAACUGCCCUCACUCUGAUGGCUGGGCUCUAUCAGGUCCUCAUGGGUAUCCUGCAGCUGGGCUUCGUGUCUACCUAUCUCUCGCAACCACUGCUCGAUGGCUUUGCUAUGGGAGCAUCUGUGACCAUCUUGACUUCUCAGGCUAAACACCUGCUGGGUGUGCGGAUCCCUCGGCACCAGGGCCUAGGCAUGGUGAUCCACACGUGGCUGAGCUUACUGCAGAAUGUGGGACAGGCCAAUAUGUGUGAUGUGGUGACCAGUGCCGUGUGCCUAGGAGUGCUGCUGGCAGCUAAGGAACUCUCGGAUCGCUAUCGACACCGUCUGAAGGUGCCAGUACCCACAGAGCUAUUAGUUAUUGUGGUGGCCACCAUCGUGUCCCAUUUUGGACAGCUCCAUACACAGUUUGGCUCGAGUGUGGCUGGCAACAUUCCCACUGGUUUUGUGGCCCCACAGGUACCAGACCCUAAGAUAAUGUGGCGUGUGGCCCUGGAUGCCAUGUCCCUGGCCCUUGUGGGCUCAGCCUUCUCCAUCUCCUUGGCAGAAAUGUUUGCCCGUAGUCAUGGUUACUCUGUCAAUGCUAACCAAGAGCUGCUAGCUGUGGGCUGCUGCAAUGUGCUCCCUGCCUUCUUCCACUGUUUUGCCACUAGUGCUGCUCUGUCCAAAACUCUGGUGAAGACAGCCACUGGCUGCCAGACCCAGUUGUCCAGUGUAGUCAGUGCUGCUGUGGUGUUGCUGGUGCUGCUGGUGCUGGCUCCACUGUUUCACGAUCUGCAGCGAUGUGUGCUAGCUUGUAUCAUUGUUGUCAGCCUCCGGGGGGCGCUGCGCAAGGUGAAGGAUCUCCCACAACUUUGGCGGCUAAGCCCCGCUGAUGCACUGGUGUGGGUGGCUACUGCAGCUACCUGUGUGCUGGUCAGCACCGAGGCUGGACUAUUAGCUGGAGUGUUCUUCUCACUGCUCAGCCUGGCAGGCCGCACACAGCGUCCACGGGCUGCCCUUCUUGCUCGAAUCGGAGACUCGACCUUCUAUGAGGAUGCUGCUGAGUUUGAGGGCCUCCUGCCCCCACCUGAGGUGCGAGUGUUCCGUUUCACAGGUCCACUCUACUAUGCCAACAAGGACUUCUUCCUUCGGUCUCUCUACAAACUCACAGGGUUGGAUGCAGGGCACUCAGCCACCAGGAAGGAUCAGAGCCCAGACAUGGGUGUUAGUAACAGAAGUCUUGCUGAUGGCAAGGAUCUGGGUUCAGUAAGCAGUGGGGCAGGGCUGGUGGUACCCCUGGCAUUUGGUUUCCACACAGUGGUCAUUGACUGUGCACCACUGCUGUUCCUGGAUGUGGCUGGCAUGGCCACGUUGAAGGACCUGCGCAGCAACUAUAGGGCCCUGGACAUCACCCUGCUUCUGGCUUGCUGCAGUCCCUCAGUGAGAGACACAUUGAGAAAAGGGGGCUUCCUUGGAGAAGACCAGGGAGCUGAAGAUGAGCUGCUGUUCCCCAGUGUACACAGUGCUGUGGAGGCUGCAUGUGCCCGCCGUGAGGCUGCUGACUCUGCCUUCUAGCAGGGCCCUCAAGAGCUGAGACCUGUAUUCACAAGCCAGUACUGAGCUCCUCUGUAGGAGUGGUAUGAGUGAUAAAGUCAUUAGAGAUAAACCUUUGGACCAUCUUUGCGCUGGAGAAGCCAGGGAACUCCAGCUAAGAAAAGGAAAGUGCAGCACCCUUAACACAUUCAGUGUCAAGGAUUCCAAACAUUCAGUGAUUGAGACUCUACCUCUGAGUCCACUGCUGCCCCCUGGUGCCUAUUCAACCAGGGCAGCUGCGCCCACACACAUGAUCUCUCAGCCGACACAGUGCCCAUUUUGAUAUUCUGUAUUAUCAUCUUAUCUGAAAUAGUCCUGAAAACUAUAUGAGCUCCAAGAUGCCAAAAGGACACUUUCCCAUUCCCUGUACCACCAGGUACCAGAUAUGAGCUGGAUACGUGUCCAAGUCUCAAGGGUGUGAAUUUCUGAAAGGCCUCCUCAUGCCUGGUGCUCAUCUUGAUGGGACCCUUGCAAAGGCAGCCAGCCACCUGAUCCAGAGCCACAGUCCAGUGUCACUGUCUAAGGCAAUGUGACUCAUAGAACCUCAACCUGACCUUUGGGCACAAUGUCUCUAUACAGUUUAUACUGGUAACCACAAUGUGGUAUAUGUAUGGUACAAAGCCAGGCACAGUAGACACUAACCCCAUUCUGUACGUCUAAGAAAACCUCAGGAGGAAACCACCUGUAUUCCAUGCAGGGUCUGCCGUUGGCAUGGCCAAGCAAACAUUCCCCUCCUCUUCUGCCCAACAGGAUGCUCUAACAGGAAGCACAGCCCCAGCCCUGUGCCCUACCUAAUUCUCCCCCAACCACAGCCCAGCACUGUGUCCCACAGCUGGUCCGACAAGGUCAGAUCCACCACCUCAGCAUCCUUGUAAAACAAGCUCUGACCAGCAACUCCCAGGGUACCCACUUCAGUAUCACCCACCUGGCUGUGAUGAGGUCCAGCAGCCAGUGUAUCCGGACCUGCUCAAUGCCACUGUGAGGUACGGCACCUACAUAGGCAAGGUUCAGUUGCUGGUCCCAACUAAGGUCGUACUGGUCAGCCUGGUCGUGAGGCAAUGGGGGGCUAGGGAUAGGACAAAGAAGUAAAGUGUUUGUCCUAAGCAGGGGGCUGCAGCAUACCAGAUUUUAUACAUGCAUCACCUAACUGCCUAGACCCUUGUCGAUGAACUGUGUGUCUCCAGAAUGUAUGAUAAAGUAGCCCAUUCACCAAAA